UAAUGACUACGUAUUGUUGUCGAUAUGUUAUUUCUGUUAUGAACUAUUCAUUUUUACUCAUAUAAUACACGUUUGAAUCUAACACCGGUCAUGAUUUGAGUAGCGUUUCGUUUGCAUUCGGUUGCAACAGUGUUGUUAACAUAUUCAUUGUUUAACCUAAUUGACUAUCAUUACACGAAUUUAUGUAUUACGUUUAUUAAAAAUGUAUUGGUUACGGCAAUAAUCCAGCUAUUGCUUUGAAUCUAAAAAGGUCAGUUAUGAAUAUUAGUUAAAACCAGUAAAACCUUGCAGGGAAAUAAAAACGUACGUCAUAAAAAAAUGAGUGAAAGUGCACCAGUUAUUGAUGUGCCUGAAAGCAAUGGUGGGCCGGAACAACCAACUUUUAACGGAGAAACUGAAGAUCAUACUAAUAAAUCACCAGGAAGCACAGAAGACAAAGCACCGGACUCUGUAUGUGACAAUGGAAUUAAAAAGAAUAAUACAACUUCUGUAGUUGGAAGUAAUACCACUAAUACAACUAAUAGAUCAAAGAAACGCAAGAAAGCUCCAAGGGAUGCUACUGCACCAAAGCAACCACUCACAGGCUAUUUUAGGUUUUUAAAUGACCGGCGGGAAAAAGUAAGAGGUGAAAAUCCAACAUUAUCAUUUGCUGAAAUUACAAAACUGCUUGCAUCAGAGUGGAGUACAUUACCUGCUGAUCAAAAGCAACAGUAUUUAGAUGCAGCGGAACAAGACAAAGAACGUUAUAAUCGUGAGUUCAGCGAUUAUAAGCAAACAGAAGCCUACCGUCUAUUUAAUGAAAAACAGUCAUUGGAGAAGCAGCAGGAAACUAAAAAGGAAAGAAACGGAACUGACCUUAAUUCUGAGCAAAAUGAUAUUCAACAAGAGAAAGAUAAUGAUUUUACAGGUUUCGAUAUCCCCAUUUUUACAGAAGAAUUCUUGGAUCAUAACAAAGCAUGCGAAGCAGAACUAAGGCAACUAAGAAAAGCUACAUCAGAUUAUGAGGCUCAGAAUGCUGUUCUUCAACGACAUGUGGACAGCCUGUAUGCAGCUGUAAAUCGUCUGGAGUCUGAAACAAAUCAACAGCGCACGACAAAUCAAGCUUUACAACGUCAUUUGGAUUCCCUUCGUUCGCAGUUAGCUGGUUGUUUUGCCACAGUAUCUCUUCCAGGCACACAUGAAGGUGCUACGUUACAAAAUAUCGAUAGUUACGUCGAAAGACUCGAAUCGUUAUUAAACAGUAACGUCGAGCAAUCUUUACGAAACGCUGUGCGUAGUGCCGUAUCUCGCCUUGAAUUAAUUGGAUGACGAUCGCCCCCCGGUAGUACAACUACUACGUCACUAAAGCAUCAUCGAUCAAGGCACUCACAUCGAAAAUAGAGAAAAAAGUGACUGUGUUGUUUUUUACAUAUUUUGUAAAAUACAAUUUGUUCUCUAAACAAGAAAUUGUCCCUUAUGAAUCGGUCAAACAAAAUUGCAUAUGCAUCAAAGCUUGACAAUUUAUAACGUAUCUGUACUAUAUGUAACAUUAAUUUCCUUUUUAAUUCAUAGUUUUAUGUUUAUCUAUUAUACUUUAAACGAGUAUACUUUAU